AUGGAACACAACAAGGACUCAACCGCGGUCAGCCCGGUAGCUGAUGCUCCCGAAACAGCUCACGCUGUGAGCUCUGCGAACAACACCACUAUCACCACUUUGCCAGCAGGUGAAUCAGUACGGGAGAUCACCAGUGAAGCUCAGCCUCCAAGCUACGAAGAGCAUCAUAAAGAAGUCACGCCAGCACCAGGAGUCACGUCCGCCGCUACAACCUCUCCUCCGCUUGAAAAAACCGCAUGGCAAUCUGCCACACAGACCCCAGCUCCCCAGCCCGGACAAGGCCUUAUUGCCCAGAGAACAGUCGACCUGAACCAACUGGGUGAAGAGCCACGCCUGGUCAACUGCCCCUUCUGCCACCACCAGGCCAUGACAAGAGUUCAGAAAGAAAGCACUAGUGCCACAGGAAUGGCAGCAGUUGGCUGUUGUCUGUUCGGCGGUAUUAUCUGUGCCUUCCUCCCCUACUGCAUGGAAAUGUGCCAUGACAGCCACCACUUCUGCUCAAACUGUAACCAAAAAGUAGCCAUUCGGCCACACGAUGGCCAAGUGCAGGUGUUCUUGCCCCAGAACCCAGUGGUUACAGCGCCGGGACAAAUCCAGCCCCCGCAACCAGUCGCCAUGACUCACGAGAACAUGGUCAAGAACUAA